AACAUAUUGGAACUCCGCCGGUGUCGGCCCUGUUUGUCUCGCGCCUCGGCACGCCAUGAUCGCCUAAUGGCGAACCCAUUCGCUGAGGAGGAAGCGUCAGUUGCUGAUGCUGCGCCUUCCAACCCCUUUGCACAAGAGGAGGAGCCCGCACCAGAGUCUGGUGCAAAUCCCUUCGAGGAUCAGGACGAGCCCGAAGCUGCUGCGGAUUCAGAAGCCGUGGAUCCAGAAGCUGCUGGAAAGGUAGAGGAGGAGGCUACAGCAAUUGUCAAGACGGUGAGCGGAUAUUCGGUGGAGACACAGCAGGACCGCCGCUUCCAAAACGCGGACGUUUGCGCGGUGUGCAGCGCAGCACUGGGAAAGCGCUGGAUGCGGCCCAGACAUCACUGCCGCGUGUGCAGCCAAAGUGUUUGCGCCUCAUGCUCACCCAGCACCAUACAGUUGAUGAGCGAAGGUCUUCAGAGGACUUGCAAAACAUGCAUCGAGCAGAUGCUGGAGAUGACAGAGCUGAAGGCACAGUUGGCGAGACUGGCCGAGGAUCUCAGCAGCAUGACCCGUGGUGAAAACCCAGGCGACGAGGGAGGCCGCGCUUUGAUGGCUACUUGUGAGGAGGCGGUGUCACAGCUGCUGGAUCUGCAAGCCGGGCAUCAAGCAGCCUCUACCCAGGUGGAGGUCUUGAAGCAGCAACUCCAAGAGGUGCGAGAGGCUCAAAGCAGCGCUCUUCAGGCCGCCGAGGCCCGGUGCACCGAGGAGGCCGCACAGCGCCUGGCAGCCGAGGCGGCGGCGGAGGCAGCGGCGGCCGAGCGGCAUGAGAUGGAGGCGAAGCUGCACGAGGAAGAGAAGAAGCGGAAGGCUGCAGAGGCCGAGGCACAGUCCUUCUCGGUGGACCUUCAAGAAUUGGAGGCGGAGACCCUGCGGCUCCGGGAGCUCCAGGAGAAAGCGGCCUCGGAGCGGAUGGCCUUGGAGGUGCGACUCUCUGAGAGCCUGCCCCGGCAUUUGGCUGGAACAUCGACGCCCUCCUCACACUCUGUGGCAGAACAUCUCGUACAGACUGAUCCUCCACAGCCUGACCGAAGAUGUUCAGAGAACUGCAAGAACUCUUGCUCCAUUGCUUGAGCACUCAUCAAAAAGAUCCAACCACUGGCCAUCUGAAAGUGACCGUUGUGAUUCAGUUGUGAUGCACAACAUGCGAGUUUGAUUCCA